AUGACGAAUAGCUCGUCAUCGAAGAAACAAGACCAAGACCAGCCUGAAACUAGCGGAUCCACUUCCAAAUCGCAAAGAAACAAAAUGAGUAAAUCCGAGGAAAAGAAGAAGCUUAAAGACAUCGAAAUAAGUGUUCCACUUGUGUAUGGUAAUGUUGCAUUCUGGCUUGGCAAGAAGGCUAGCGAAUACCAAUCUCACAAAUGGGCAGUAUAUGUGCGUGGGGCAACAAAUGAAGAUAUCAGUGUUGUAGUGAAGAAAGUUGUCUUCCAGCUUCACUCCAGUUUCAAUAGCCCUACACGAGUUAUCGAGGAGCCUCCAUUCGAAGUAUCCGAAUCAGGUUGGGGAGAAUUCGAGAUUGCAAUCACUUUGCAUUUCCACAGCGAUGUCUGUGACAAGCCAUUGAGUUUAUAUCAUCACUUAAAGUUAUACCCUGAAGAUGAGUCAGGUCCUUUGACAAUGAAGAAGCCUGUGGUUGUUGAAUCUUACGACGAGAUUGUGUUUCCUGAUCCUUCUGAAAGCUUUUUAGCUAGAGUUCAGAAUCACCCGGCUCUGACGUUUCCGAGAUUACCUUCUGGCUACAACUUGCCUGCUCCUAUGCAAGUCGAAGAUAGUGGGAAAAAGAAGAGAGGUGAUACGAAAGAUCAUAGUUUGGGACAAUGGUUCACGAGCUUCUCUGAAGCAGAUGAGUUAUUACAGCUCGCUGCUGCUCGUCAACAGGUUCAAGCUCAUAUUGCGAAACUGAGGCGACAAAUAAGUUUGCUAGAGGGACAGAAUCAGACCAUCAACAAAACUGGGUCUGAUCCGUGA